CCCAGUUGUGGAUUUCGGCCGUCGAAAGCACCAGCAUGCACGCAUCGGCGUCCGCGUGCUGCAUCGCGACGUGCAUUGCCGCGCUCGUCUCGCUGAUCAUCCUCCUCUGCCUCUCGCUCCUCUACUGGACGAUCCCGCGUGUUCCGGCCACGGCCCACGACUUUGUCAAGGUGACCGCCGACCGGUUCGCAUCGGCGCCGUCCGACGCGCUGCUCAUCGACGCGAUGGCGUCGGCGGCCGACAUGACCAAUAUUCUCAUGUCCUGGCACAGCCCGCUGUGUGGCGUCGCUUCGCAGGCAGCACGCCACGGCAGCUUCUUCCACGACGCGAGCGCCAACGAAGGGCCGCGCUUCCACGUGCAAUACUGGGUCCAUGGCAGCUGGCUCAGCGGCUUUGCCGCGUUCAACCAAGCGUCGCCCGAGAGCUCUGUCGACGGCGGCGACCUCUACAGCGACGACUGCUUUGUCGUGCUCGAAAACGUCAAGCACGAUGCCACGUACUCGCUCCGCGUCCGGUCGCGUGUCGACACGGCGCUUUUCCAGAUCUUUUCGCGGCAGUGGACGGCAUGGACCGACGCCGUGCUCGUACCGCCGUUCGUGCCCGAGAGCGCGUGCGAAGGGAGCUGGUUCACGCGCCUCUUUGCGGAAGAGAGCUGGUACACGGACCGGCGCACGCUCGCGCUUGUCGCCGUCACCGCCGGCUCCCUUUUCUACGCCAUGGCGCUCGCCAAGCGGCGCGUGCGGCCGACCGGCGACAUGAAGCUUCUCGAGGAAGAAGUGACCAACCUCAAGCAAGAGCUCGCCGACGCCGAAAUGGAAAACAAGUUGCUCAUGCGACUCAAAGGCUACGACAUUGAUUUCCUGGACAUUGCCGACAUCGAAGCGCUCGAAGCCGAGCUCACGCUGGGGCUCCAGCGCAUCGCCGAGGCCAAGGACGCCAUGAUCUGA